AAUAUAGUUUACAUGCAUUUAUAAUAUUCUAGAUUUUUCAACUUUAUAUACUUUUUCAAUCUCGUGAAUUCAUGACUUUUUAUCUAUGUUGUCUUUCUAUCACUUUGUUUAGUUUCAAAGUACGAAGAUAAUGAACAUAUCUCUUUAAUUUGUGGAAUUUAGUGCAUUGAAUACAUUGAUGACUUAGUCAUAUUUCAUGAAAAAAAGAAAAAAAUAAAUGACAUAAACGGGCAUGAUUAAAAUGUAAUUUGUCAAGUGACUGACAAAUACAAAUCAACAUACAGAUUAAAUCUCGAAAACGUUUAAGCUGAGUCUUCUGCAAAAUAUCAAAUACAAUAUAACAGACAGUCACAACACAGUCUUAACACUUUGACGCUUUGACUGCACUCAUAUAACAAAAAUUUUAAAUUAGCAUCAAUAAAUGUCAUAAAUCUCACAAAUCUUAUAAAUCUCAUAAGAGCUCAUAAAUCCGCACAUCCGCUGUACACGACUCUUGUAAUGUUACAAUUACAAAUUAUUAUUAUCGAAAAAUAUUUCUUCACAAUGCGACAACCGUUGGCAGACUAAAGUCAUGUAUACGUAACGGCGGUUGUCAAAGUGUUAAUUUUUUUUUUAAUACAAUAACGCUGUUAUAAAAAUUCGAAUAAACUUCCCGAAAAUAGCGAACUGAAAGUAAAGAAUAAGCGAGUGAAGCGGAAGCAAAGAGCAAACGAGUAAACUGUAAUGUGAGAAUUCAUUGUAUUCGAAAUGCUAUAGUAAACAAAAGAAUCAAACUCUUCGCGGUUAUGCAUGACUAAUGGAAACCGAGUGAACAAAGGUAAAUUAUUUGACGCAAGAUAGACAACAUAGGCCAUGUAAUUGCAACUUCCGUUCAAACUUAGAAAACUUUAUUCCGCGCAGAAUCAAUCGUAGCUAUUUAUAAGGCUCUUUCGUCAAAACCAACAUCAGACCAAUAAAAUAUCUAGCUCGGCGGUCUAGAUUAAUCAUAAAUUGCUCAAAAUCGAUAAACUCCUUAACUCCCAAAAACACAUUUAGAAUUAUUUAACCAUAAUAAUGACCAUAAACUAACAUCAAACGAUCGAUCGAACAUGUCAGUCUAAAGUUCCACACAGAAUUACGGGAUACGCAUGCGUAUAACCUGUUUCAUCGUCAUUCACCUUGAAUCGUCCAUUCUCUAUGUGGUCUAUCGUGUAAAUCGCAUUAUUCUAUUAUAGGAAUUCUCACUCCAGGCCGAUAUUUCCAACUCAAUAACGUACGAGGUGAAUUUCUUUUCCGAUCUAUAAAAGAAAAGCGUCGUCGAAUCGCAUUAUUGUUUAUCAAUCUGUCUGUAUAGAUACCGAAAGAUAUUUUUAACUGUUUGUUUUUUCCUCGUUCCACACAUACUGUGUCGUGAUAACACGAUGUGUAUUUGGUUCCAGCUACCUCGUGUGUUACUUCUCCGUCGAUGCUGAACAAUCCGUUGCACCACGAAGGAGUAUAUCGGAUAAUGACAGUGGUGAAUUGAAUCUAAAUUGUUCUUGGAAUCUCAGUCGGAAUCAUCAUGGAGCUUAUCCCGGAAAACAAUGCGAAGGGAAUCAACGAAGGUGUAAAAAAUGACUUAAAAAAUGACGAUCCCAUACGAAUGUCGCAUUUAUCGAAAAUGGCCGCGGUGGAUAUAGAGUUCAAUGAUCUGAUGUAUUCGGUCCCAGGCUCCCGAAAAGGAUCAAACUUGAUUCUGAGAGGGAUCAGCGGGCAAUUCAAAUCGGGUGAAUUGACGGCAAUACUAGGUCCUUCCGGUGCCGGGAAGUCAACGCUCUUGAACAUCCUCGCGGGUUACAAAUACACGGACAUAAAUGGCUCUAUAAAUAUUAAUGGACAACUGCGAGACAUUCAGGAAUUUAAAAAGAUGUCAUGCUAUAUCAUGCAAGAAAAUCUUGUGCAACCAAACCUUACGGUUUCAGAAGCAAUGAUGUUCGCGGCCGACUUGAAGCUUGGAAAAAGAAAAUCUCGAUUCGAGAAAAUUGCUGUCAUAGAUGAGAUCCUGAACACAUUACGUUUAUCAAGAUCGCGAAACACGAUCACCGAUAAGCUUUCCGGUGGCGAAAGGAAAAGGCUGAUGAUUGCUCUCGAAUUAGUAAACAAUCCGCCAAUUAUAUUCCUCGACGAACCUACCACUGGCUUGGAUGAGCUGUCUUCUUCUCAAUGUAUUGAGCUUCUAGAAAGAUUGGCGCGUUUGGGACGCACCGUUAUAUGUUCGAUUCACACUCCUAGCGCUAGAAUAUUAAAAAAAUUCAACCACGUCUAUGUUAUCUCUGCCGGACAAUGUAUUUAUAGGGACACUGCGAACAAUAUAGUGCCAUAUCUGCAAAGCAUAGGCAUAGAAUGCCCGAAACAUUAUAAUCCAGCGGAUUUCGUGUUAGAAAUCUCAUCGGGUGAGUACGGCUUUGAUCUGAUUGAUCGAAUGAUCGUUUGUGUGGAAACGAAAUCACCGAUUCUGCCAAUUUGCCGGUCGAAACAGGAAUUCGAACUCGAGAGAAAAAAUCCGAGAAUACUAUGGUUCGAUCAGUUCAGCACGUUAGUGAAGAGAAUGAUGGUGCAGUUAUACCGAGAUAAGAAUUACAUGUAUUUGAAAAUGUAUUUGCACGUAUUCUUGGGAAUCGUCAUUGGCGGGAUUUUUUGGAACAUGGGCAACGACGGAUCCAAAGCUCUCUUCAACUUUGGCUUUUGCUUCGCAUGCAUUAUAGUGUUUCUCUAUGUACCUAUGCUGCCCAUACUAUUGAAAUUUCCUGGAGAAAUUCUACUAAUGAAACGGGAACACUUCAAUAGAUGGUACAAUAUGAGCGCCUACUAUUGGGCACUAACGGUAGUCAAUAUACCUCAACAGCUAGUGUUGGCAUUAAUAUAUCUUGUGUUGGUCUAUUUGAUCACUGGACAACCUUUGGAGUGGCGGAGAUGCUUCAUGUUCUUCGGCACUUGCUUCCUAUGUAGCUUCAUCGCGGAAACCAUAGCGUACAGUAUCGCUAGCGUCUUAAACGUCGUGGUACGUUCCAAGCUAGUCGCGUGUAACUCGAGAUCUCUUGAGAUUUCAAAUUAUCAUAUAUCACAAGAAUGCAAAAGACACUUUUGUCACAGCUUAUAUAUCUUGUUUCAGAAUAGCAUAUUUUUGGGGCCUGCGUUAACAUGUCCUUUGAUACUGGUCGCGGUGCAAGGUUUUGGUGACCCCAAUCCUCUAUCGAUUUAUCGAAUUUUGAUCAUGUACAUAAGCUACAUCCGGUAUGGACUGGAAGCCCUCAUAGCAGCCAUGUACGGCUACGGUAGGAAGAGGUUACCUUGCCCUAUAGAGGAGAUAUACUGUCCUUUCAACUCGCCUGCGGAAAUCUUUCGAACCAUCGGCAGAAAAACCGCUCCAAAUUUCUGGUUGGAUAUACUCGCCCUCGUAAUUAUCUUAUGUAUUUGCAAAGCGAUCUUGUAUUACUUACUGAGACAACGAAUCCAUCCAAACAAAACGUUCCAAAUGUUACGUCUAAUCGGAACACUCGUCAAGAAGCAUAUGUAAUAGAUGAUAUUUAUAAUGUUGCAUUUCUGGAUAAUAUCGAAGAUCGUUUAGAUUUGAUAUUAUAUUCAUACUCCAAGAUUCUCUAUAUACAAAAAAAGAAUGUAUAUUUUAAAGUCGAAAUAUGUUCAUUAUACUAUUGCUGUGUAACGUCGUGUUCAAUGCGAUAUUAACUGUAUCGCGAAAAGAUCUGUAAUAAAAAUAAUAUUUUUUAUCAUAUAAAAUUUUUUUACGUGAAAAAAAAUAUAUAUUACACAGAAAAAGAAAAAAAUUGCACAUUUUUAAUUUUGUAAGCGUAUUGUCAAUGCAACACAUUUUAUGUUACAUUUUAUAUGUGUAUUAUAAUUACUUUUAUAUAUGUAUUAUAAUGAAGUAAGAUAUUAGAGAUAAGAAAAAAACGUAUAUUAUAUUAGUUAGAUAUUGCUGACACUUGAAGACACUGAAAUAUCACUAAGUAUACAUCACGAUGUUGUUAUGGUUCAAGGUACAAAGUAUGAGUCGUAAUUCUAUAAGAAUGAAUCACGAAAACUUACAGGACGUUUCGUUAAAUAAGUAUAUUGGCCAAAUGCCAUCCAUAUAGAGCACUGUUAAUAACUCUCUGUUACAUGUGCAUGCAUUCGGUUGUAUAUCCAUAAGUAUUCUCCGAGCAAUUACAAAAAUUAACGUAAUUUCAUGAUAAUAAUGUUAUUUGUCAUUAGGUCUGUUCACUUUCGAAGAACUUCUGCACUAGCGCAAUAAGUUAGAGUGAAACAAGUACUUUCUUUCACACUAACUUAUUGCUGAUAUACUUAUUUACUGGUGUGCACUAGUUCAGAAGUUCUUCAAAAACAAACAGAUCCAUUAUUAACACGUUUGCAACUAACGGUGUGUGACGCAACGAUCUCUCACGAGAGAACGAACGUCACAUAUAUGUGACAGUAAAAUAUUUUUUUUAUGUUUACGUCAAACUGAACCUGUUUUACGCAAUUGUAUCAACAAUAAAAAAUAUUUAUGGAUAAAGUUCUUCGAAGAAACUGUUUUAAGCACGUUGCCACAGCAGAAUAAUAAAGCAAAAUGACCAACUGUAAAUUACUGAUGGCAAAAAUGCGACAUUGAAUUAUCGUUUAUAAAAGGAUAUAUUGCUUUCAGAGAAUUAUUUCCUCGUUAUUAAAUAUUGUAAUUUCAUUGCACAAUAGAUUUUCAGUGAGAAACAAUAUCAUUGCCAAUUAAUUAGUAAUUAGUUAAUAAUUAAAUAAACUUUUUUGUAUCUA